AUGAAGAGGCUCGCCUCCCACUGGAGCCAGGCUCCGAGGUAUCCAACACUUUGGAUACAAGCCGCGCAGUGCUCAAGAAGCGCCGCCGUGUGGGUGCGUGUGGGUCCCGUGUCGCGCACUGCAAACGACCCGGAGGUCAUGAAGGGUCACCGAGUUCCGCUGAAGGCCUUCCGGGCCCUGGUGCAACGCACUGCACGCCCGGGCGACGCAGUGCUCGGUCACUUGCCAGCGCGCUCGUGUAUGCAGGCGAGGCGCUGGUACCCUGGCCCAAGCAAACCACACUGGGCCACCGAUACUCCGCUAGCGGCAGGGACGGGCUUCAGCUGGCCGAUGCGGGAGCGACGAUCACAAAAACGUCGCCAGCGGGCCUGUAGGUACAGUACUGUGCUUCGAAACUGUGACGAGCGCCAAGCAAUACCAUCCUCCUCCGCAAAGGCCGCAGAAAACUUCUUCCGAGGCUCAGCGGAGACCAGCGCCGACACCGACCCGGACGAAGGCGGCGUUCCAGAGUCAAGCUUCACUGUGGAUGCGUUUAUGGCACCAAAACCUACGCGAAUCGAUCGAGUGCUCACGGAUCGCUUCAGUGAGCCGUCGCGCACGUACUUUCAGUACCUCAUUACGCAGCGAGCAAUUCAAGUGAAUGGUCGCGUGGUCCACCGCAAGUCGGAGCUCGUAACGCAGGAUGAUGUCGUGCAUGUUCGCUUCCUGCUUCCGGAAAACAGCGCUGCACAGGACCUAGUGCCAGAGCAUCUGCCGAUUGAUGUGUUGUACGAAGAUGGGGAUAUUUUGGUCGUGAACAAAGCCGCGGAUAUGGUGAUCCAUCCGGCCCCGGGGAACUGGCGCGGUACGCUAGCAAACGCCUUGGCAUAUCGUUUCGGGAAAGGGGCUGCAGAGGCAUCGGCCGCCACUGUCGAGCCGUCCACCAAACCAGACAGCAUCGGAGCAACCGUCGAUGCCGACAACGACACAGUGCAUGGUGAUGAAAUGGUCUCCCGAGAUUGCGCCUUACGACCGGGCAUCGUCCAUCGCCUGGAUAAGGGCACCUCCGGGGUGCUCGUUGUCGCGAAACACAAUUUCGCAGAACGCCGCCUCCAGCGCGCUUUCGCACAACGCCAAGUGUACAAAGAGUACCUCGCCGUCCUGGCGGGCACACCUCGUUGCCUACAAAAUGGACCUUCUCUGGUCGAGCUUCCCAUUGGACGCAGCACCCAUCGAUGGAUCGAGCAACGCGUCCAAAGCGUCGCGCAAGGCGGCCGCGCUGCGCGCAGUCGCUUCGAAGCGCUGGCGAUGCGCCCGUCGAUAGCGCCGCUGACGCUGACACGUGUGCUCAUUGAAACCGGGCGCACGCAUCAGAUUCGCGUGCAUGCGCGCUACGGCCUGCAAGCGCCCGUGCUGGGCGAUGAUCUGUAUGGAUUUCCGGCCUGGAAUCAGCGCUAUCGGAUGCGUGCGCGGCGUCCGCUGCUGCAUGCGUGGCGUCUCGGCUUUCGACAUCCAUGCACCGGCAAGUGGUGCGUGUUCGAGGCACCGCUUCCAGAAGAUUUCAGAUAUUUCGAGAAACUAUUGCAGGUGCGCUGGGCAGAGGUGCCGUCGACUGAGGAGCUUCGAGCACGCUCAGAAGCAGGUGCAGAUAACAGUGCACCGCGCGAUCGAAUCUAG